AUGGGAGGUUCGGAUCGGUCACGACACCAAGUAAACUCAAAAUGGAAAGACCUCCAAAAGAAAUGUAAUGUUUUUAACGGCAUCUAUAACCGUAAGAUGAACAAUGUGGCUAGCAGGAGAUCUGAGGCUGAUGUUUUACAAUCUUCACUAAGCGAGUAUCAGAGGACUAUUAACCAGAAAGUGGGUGAAGACUCCCCACCUCCUUCUUCAAAACGAACCAAAACAUCUUCAUCCAACGCCUACAGAUCAUCAUCUGAUCCACAAUAUCCUCUUGGAUUCUCCCCCCAACAACAACAGUCGUUUAGUAUUGAAGACUCACCGCCUCAGAGAAAAAGAAAAGGAAAGAAAGCGGAAUCAACAUCAUCAAUAGAAAAUGAAAUGUUUGAUCUCCUCAAACAAAUUGCCGGCAUCAAGACUGCAACUGAAACACAGGCAGAACAAAGACAACGGUAUCAGGAACAAAAAUUACGCAUUCUCGAAGCUAGUGAAAAAAGAAAAACUCAAUUGUUGGAUCGCGAGAUAGAGAACCAAGAUAUGGAGUAUUUUCUCCGGCCGCAUGAUCAUUUGACUUGA